CAUAAAUUCUUUGAGCUAAAAAUUUGAAAUUAGUGUGUACCUUAAUAUCUAAGGUGUUAUAUUUGCUGCAUUGUUUUAGGAGACAUGAGUCAUAUAGUAGAUUAUUGUAAAUGUGAUUUUCCUUUGAAAGAAAUUAGUUUAGAAAUUGUUUUUACGUUAGCAUUGGGGUCAUUUUUGUUUCCUGAAAUAUUCCUUUAUCCUGUCCUUUUUUUUUAAAUGUAUUGCGCUUGUAUUUGUACAUUUACAUACUGAGUGCGUUAAUUAUUGGCUGAUCAAAAAUUUUUGUCCCGUGGAUGAAACCUCACCAAAUUCUGCAUGGUCGUCUGGUGUCAGUUUCCCUGAAGGUGGGGCUGCAAAGAUCACCUGCAUUGAAAAAAACUGAAUGGUCAUCAGUUUAAGGCAAAAAUACAAAGUAUUUACUGGUUUCAGCUUCCUGAACAGAGUCUGGAUAAUCUCAUUGGCAGCAUGAUGGGGCCCACUUGGAGAUACGCAAGCUUUCUGUUUGUUUUUGUAUUCCUGAUCACAGUCAAGUCUGCCAAACAGGAUUGCCUGGACUACUUCAGCUUGAAAUACAUGGAAAAAUAUCUGAGAAACACCACCAACAUCUCGCUUGUACAACCUGAGAAUCCUAAGGAUACCAUUGAAUGUUCUCUGGAGAGGGCCUGUAUACAAAGAGAGGACCUACACCAUGUUCUCUCUCACUGCUUUCAUAGAGAAAGUUUGAAUGCAACCAAAAAGUGUGAAGGGAACACUUCUGGUUCUCUCCAUUUGUAUCCCUUCAUGUGCUUGGUGGCAGAAGUUUCCGGUCACACUCCUGAAGUCUGUGCAUACAAUACUGCAUGUGAGCUUUAUUCAGAAAUAACAUCCAGUGUUUACACAACAACAACAAGAGCAACCACAUUGUCACCAACAUCACUGUCAGAAAGAUCAACAACAUCACUGCCAGAAAGAUCAACAACAUCACUGCCAGAAAGAUCAACAACAUCACUGCCAGAAAGAUCAACAACAUCACUGCCAGAAAGAUCAACAACAUUACUGUCAGAAAGAUCAACAACAUCGCUGUCAAAAAGAUCAACAGCAUCACUGUCAAAAAGAUCAACAGCAUCACUGUCACCACCAACAACAACAACAACAGCAACCACAUUGUCACCAAGAACAACACUGCCAGAAAGAUCAACAACAACAGUCAUACCAGGCACAGAUAGUGAAAGCGAUGGUCAUACAUUGGAUAAAAUGCAAGAACACGACAAUAAUGAUGCAGCCAGCAAAGAGCUCACGACCCUCAAGAGAUUAUUAAUGUUAUCUGGGUUCCUCAAUAUUGCCGUGCCACUGACUGUUUACAUGUAUAUGCGCAACAAGAGGAGGUGGGACUGUGGCCAUUCGAGUGAACAUUGUUUGUCAAUUGGAACUUUUACACAAGCUCAGUGUACUGAGAUGAAGUCACAGACACCAUCCACAAGAGUGGGGGGAGUAGAGAGUUCACGUUUAAUGCAGCAUCCUGAGUGUGACUCCAUCACCACUAAUUCAGAUGGUAAGAGUGACUGCUGCGCUACUGAAAAUGAAAUGCCGCAUUAAGGACCUGCUCACAGCAGUGCCUCUGUGUAUUCAUGAUGCAACGCAGCUGUGGGGUGUAACAAAGCAUUGAGCCACGAGGAUCAGCUUUGCACUGUUUGAACAAAUGUCUUGUCCUGGGCCACACCCUAGGCAGAAUAAAGUCUUAAGGGGAAGUUUCACUUGAAAUGUGAAGAAGAGUGAGAGUGAUGAAGCUGCAACAUGCCAGGCCACAUAGCCUUGCUGCAUUCUCUAAUCAAGACGACCAAACACAAACGCUGAUUUGUACAAGCGCAACAAAAGAAUAUACGGUCUUUGUAUUACAUUACUCUAUAUGAAUCCAUUAUGAUCCAGAUUUACAAGGGUAAAGUCUGUUUACUCACGUGUUUCUUCAUCUGGAACAUAACCUCCUGUUCAGUGUUUCUGUUGAAGUGUCUGUAUCUGUAAUUAAUCUGUAAAAAAAAAAAAAAAAAAGUGCGGCAAAAACCAUAUGUGUUUGAAAGUUUGUUAGAACAAUGCUGACUGUAUGUCUCCAGGAGUAGAUUUCAGUAACAGCCAUACACAGCAGCAAUUGAAGGUGUCUGGGCAUGAAAAAGCUUUUACAUUUACUGGUAGCUCAGCUUUUAAUUUUUUAACUGUAUGCAAUGAGUUUGAUGAAAGUGCUUAAUGUCAACUACAGAAAGUGUGAGUGUGAGUAUUAUUAUUAUAACAGUGUUGAAACUACCUUGCAGCUGCACUGUUAACAUUUGUUUAGUCUGUUGUCACAUUACAGUGAGAUCUAAUAUAGCAUAAAAAUAUAAUAGCAUGUAAUAGUCAUGAAAAAGCAACAUUUAAUUUUGUGUUAUAUUCCAUCUGUCCUGCAUUAUAUUUAUAAUGUCAGACUUUUCAUAGUGUCUUUUAUUUAGUGUGAUACGUUGGUUUGUACUUUUUAUUAAGUCAGUCGGUUUAUUUAUGGUGCUUUUCACAGGGCUGUCACAGUGUCAGUAGCUAGGAUUAAUUUACUAUAUACGAUGUGCAGACUGAAGUAUGAGGAAGGUGAGCUUCCCUGGAGGCAGAAUCUCAUUGUGCGACUUUAUUCUCAGUGGGUGGCUCCAAGGUCACAAAUGAAAUAAUCAGAGAACUAUUUAAAUUCCACAUAAGUUAAAAUUGGCCAGCUUCUACUCUAAGACUCCAUGCUUUGAGGUUUUGAAUCAUCAUCCAUUGCAAAUAUUCCAUCAGACCAUUAAGAUUCAAACUUUGGAAGAGAAGAUUAUUGUUUAUUUAUCAUUUUUUCAGCAUGUAAAAUGGAUUGUACUCCAUCCUGUUGUCAAUAAUUUGAGCUGUGCUUGGUCUCUCUUUGUCUUAUUUAACGCCUUUUGUUUGUAAUGUAUUUUGUAAUAUAUUGUAAGAAUUAAAUGUAUUUUUAUUACUGGUUAAGCAUGCUAUGUACAAAAUUAUGUUACUAUAGCGUCUCUCAGGCUAUUCUGAUAACAUAAUUUUUGGUGA